CCACAACAUGCUAUGUAGCGUACAGUACUAUACCAAACUACUCUUGCACCUCUUAUGCUACACACUACCUUACACCCCCGAAUUUGCCAACGAUUAAAUAUCACGCAAUUACAGUCGCGCCACCAAACCGAGACAACAGCGACCUACAGCCCCGUGGGACGGACAUGAUCGCGGUAUAGUUCCAUAGCCUAUUAUAUGAAAGGAAAAAGUCAAAAAAUAGUUAUUGUACAGUACUAUAGGUGGACUGGCGAUAGGAAUGUGGGCACAAGUACAAGUAUGGAGAAUCCGCCAUCCUAUUUCUCUUUACCUCCCCAUCGGAUCACCGCCGCAGCCUAUCGACGAACGUGUACAACGUGUUCAUUACAUCGCGAUGCCUAUUUCUUCCCGUUGGUCCUGCGAUAUACCCAAGUGCUCUCUGACUACGUAUCUAUUUGAGUCCCCAACCGCACCCCUGCCCAAGGAACCGCUAUAUAUUGACCCCCUAGAUCCCAAGAAAUUCGUCUCCUACCAUGCAUAUCGUUCUCUAGUUCAGCGGAUUGCCACAGGGCUCUUGGCCUUCGGUUUACGGCAUGGUGAUAGAGUGGUUUUGUUCUCUGGUAACAACAUUUUCUUUCCUUCGUUUUUUAAUGGAAUCGUUGCAGCCGGAGGGAUAUUCACUGGAGCAAACCCAAGCUUUCUUCUAAGAGAAAUAGAGCAGCAGAUUAGGAGUUCUGGGGCUAGGUUUUUGGUUGCCCAUAGAAGCAAUAGUGGUAUUGCGAGGGAAGCUGCGGAGAAUGUUGGAUUAGAUGAGGGGAGCGUCUUUAUGUUUGAUGAAGGGUUGGAUAUAACGGCUGAUGGGAAGAUUCUUGGGUGGGGGGAUAAAUCAAGUCCUGGUCGGACACGGCAUUGGAGCGAUAUUGUAGAAAAAGGUUAUGAUGGGUUUGUCUGGCAGGAGCUCAAGACCGAUGAAGAGCUCGACACUACCGCUGCAAUUAACUACUCCUCUGGGACCACCGGCGUCCCAAAAGGCGCCCAAAUCACUCACAGAAAUAUCGUCACAAACGCUCAUCAAGUGGUCUCUCUGCGCAUGCAGUCCAAUUCUGCUCCCAAUGACUCUCGCUGGCUAGCCAUGCUACCAAUGUAUCACGUAUAUGGCCAAACCUAUUACGCAAUCAUUGCGCCCAAACUUCGAGCUCUCGUCUACAUGCUUCAAAAGUUUGACUUUGGAGCCUUCUUAACGACGAUUCAAAAACACAAGAUUACCACUAUUGCCGCUGUACCCCCAAUUAUGGUUGCCCUGGCAAAGCACCCCGACGUCAUAAAAUUCGACCUUAGCUCCCUGAAUGUAUUAGGAUGUGGAAGUGCGCCUUUAAGUAGAGACAUUUCGAGGGAGGUGGAGGAAAGGGUAAUGAGGGGCCGGGCAGGAGAAGAAAGAGUAAACUUGAAGCAGGGAUGGGGAAUGACGGAGGCUACCUGCUCGGUCACAGGCUUCCACCCAGAUGACACGGAUGAGGAGGGUUCUGUCGGUGAAUUGCUACCGAAUUGUGAGGGCAAGGUCAUGGACGCCGAAACUGCAACCCGGGAACUCCCCCCGAAUACCCAGGGUGAGAUUUGGGUUCGAGGGCCUAUCAUUAUGAAGGGAUACUAUAGAAACAAGGCCGCAACUGAGGACACGAUCACUCCAGAUGGUUGGCUCAAGAGUGGGGAUAUAGGGUACUAUAAUGAAGCAGGUCGGUGGUUCAUUGUCGAUCGGAAGAAGGAACUUAUCAAAGUGAAAGGGAACCAAGUGGCCCCAGCAGAACUUGAAGGGAUGUUGCUAGAGCAUCCUAGUGUUGCUGAUGCCGCGGUCGUCGGAAUCCCACACGCUGAGGACGAACGACCGCGCGCAUACAUCGUGAAAAAACCAGGCACAACCGUAACCGCAGACGAGAUCAGCGAAUGGGUCAAGAAGCGAGCAAUAAGAUACAAGUGGAUCACCGGGGGUGUCAUAUUCAUUCCCGCGGUUCCAAGGAAUCCCUCGGGCAAGAUCCUCCGAAAGGGUCUCAGAGACAGAGCCAAAACUGAGACUAGAGACUCAGGAAAUGUAGCAGCCAAGCUGUAGCAAAAAGUUGGUACCGAAACCCCGGAUUACAGUGCCAUAGUUAGGUUUAUCCACUUAUUGAUACUCUUUCUUCCUUUGUUCUUUA